AUGACUGACUGGGACUUUGACCUCACUAAUCGAGUUCGGACCAUCCUUGGGAGACCCAUCCUGAUUGAGGAGCAACUGGCAGAGGUUCCCGAUCCGAGAUUUGCUGAAAUGCAGGUUCUAACGCUGGCACGGUAUAUGGAUGAUAACCAAGAAAUCAUGCUGAAGAUCCGCUAUGAACUGCGCCCUGAGAGCUUCGGUAUCAGGGAUGAGGCAUACUUGCAGACAAUGUGUGAGCGGGCUGACGAUGACUACCUCGAAGAGGUGAAGCUGGUCGAAGACGUGGAAGAGAUUGGCCACGGACCUGCAUACCUCGCCCAUGUCACUCAGCGCGCUGGAGAGAUGUUUCCUUAUCCCAACGGCACCGUGAACUUUAUCAUCAUGACGCGGGUGCCUGGUGAGAAUGUGGCUCGUAUCUUCCUCACUCUCUCGAACGAGCAACUUGAAAGCAUUCGGAGGCAGCUCGCCCUCACGCUUGAGCACAUGCGCCAGAGAAUGUUCGUUUUGGCUCAUCAGAGUCCACAUUUCCUUCGAUACGACAGGGCGAAUGACCAGCUGUACAUUGUUGAUUUCAGCUACAUGAGCUUCACGAACCCCAACGCUCCUGGUUCAAACCCAAUCACCGUCGACCACAUGUACGUCCUCGGAUUCGAUAUCUGGCACCGUGGUGAAUUUGAGCCUGGAAGACGAGGCGGUCUCUCCGGUAGUAGAGGGAGGCUUUGA